GAGUCAUUAUUGGCAUUGCGUGACGUGACGAGUGUUUCUUUUGCUCGGAUAUCAGGGUAAGUUCAAGUUGGCCAAACCUUCGUACCCUGAUAUCUGUACAAUAGACGCAGGCAGAGAGGGAAGACUCGUGGAUUAGGACAGAUAGUGACGUACAUACAAACACACCACCAUGAAUCGACUGUUUGGCCGUGGUAAGACUAAGGAACCACCACCAAAUAUGAAUGACUGCAUUGCCAAUGUGGACAGCCGUGCUGAAUCCAUAGAGAAAAAAAUUGCACGUCUAGAUGCAGAGCUUGUAAAAUAUAAGGACCAGAUGAAGAAGAUGCGAGAGGGUCCUGCUAAAAAUGCAGUGAAGCAGAAGGCCCUGAGAGUGUUGAAGCAGAAAAAGAUGUAUGAGUCACAAGCUGGCAACUUGCGCAACCAAAGUUUCAACAUGGAGCAGGCUAAUUAUGCAACCCAGACACUUAAAGACACAAAAACCACUGUCACUGCCAUGAAACUGGGAGCCAAGGAGAUGAAAAAAGAAUUUAAGAACAUAAACAUUGAUGAAAUUGAAGACAUCCAGGAUGAUAUGGCAGAUAUGCUGGAACAAGCUGAUGAAAUACAGGAAACUCUUGGGCGCAGUUAUGGAACACCUGAAAUUGAUGAGGAUGAUCUUGCAGCUGAGCUUGAUGCUCUUGGAGAUGAGGUAUUGCUGGAUGAAGACACCUCAUACUUGGAUGAUGCCAUUAAUGCUCCCAAUGCACCAGAGAAGGAGCCUGGUGCCGAGACCAUCAAGGAUGGUAUGCCUGUUGAUGAGUUUGGUUUGCCCCAGAUGACUACAUGAGUUGACAAGUGUCAUUGUGGAAGACAGUCAACUUGCUUCUGUAGACUUAGGCAAACACAUUCUCCUUUUAGUAUUUGUGCAGCAAACUCAGCAACAAAAGUUUGUGCCCUCAUACAUCUUGUUGAUUAAUGUAUGAAACUUUGCAAAAUGGUUGUGGGAUGCCUUAAAAUUGGUCAUAUUGACAAGUCUCAUGAAAUUGUCUGUCUGUGUAUAUGUGUGUGAUAUAUAUGUAUGUGUUUGUGUAUGCAAGACUGAAUUAUUAAUUAAUAUCACUAUAUGAUUCACGAUUAAGUUUUGGCAUCUCACAGUGUGGUCACAUGUCUCUUAUAAGGUAGUAAAACAGCAAAUAGUUUAGCAUUUGUUAUCAGCAUCGUCAGCCAACAUAAGUAUAUUAAAUACAUUAAACAUUCUUUCCUUAAUGUCAAAUAUUAGGGUAUUAAUCUGUAUUACAAUAUAUACAAAGAAUUCCUGAACUGAUUUGAAAAGCUACUCAAGUAUCUACAUUAUUUAUGAUGUGGGCUGCAUAAUUAUGCAAAAAAAAAAAAAAAAAACAGACUACCUUUGUUACUUUCUGCAUCAAAUUCUAGUUGAUUCCUUUUGUAAUAUUUUUAUCAAAAAUCUUAAAUUUGUUUAAUUUUCAUUCUGAAUACUUGAUAUAAAGAAAAAUAUCAUUGAUUCCUUCCAGCAUUCAGAAUUGCUACAUAUAGUUAUGCAAACAGGAAAAAGUAAUGUAAUUACACCUGUAUUUGUAUGUGUAAUAAAUAUGUUAUUUAUC